AGAAAAAUUACAGAGACAUGUACGUGAAGCUCCUCACCAUUGUCUUCUUCAGUCUACUCUCUCAACUCCCAAAAUCUUCUUCCCAAGUUAUUGACUUCACUUACAAUGGUUUCCGUCCUCCAUUGACUGACAUAUCCCUCCAAGGGAUCGCCACAGCCACCCGCAAGGGUCUCUUGAAGCUAACCAACUACACCGUGCAGAAAACGGGACACGCCUUCUACACCAAACCAAUCCGUUUCAAAGAUUCUCCAAACGGCACCGUUUCUUCCUUCUCCACAACUUUCAUCUUCGCUAUUCAUUCUGAGAUCCCGAUACUUAGUGGCCACGGCAUAGCUUUCGUCAUUGCUCCUAACGCAAGUCUCCCUAAUGCAACAUCAGGUCAAUACAUGGGUGUCUUCAGCAUCGCAAACAACGGUAAUGACACAAAUCAUGUCUUUGCUGUCGAACUGGAUACCAUCCGGAGUAGCGAGUUCAAUGAUACGGACGAUAACCAUGUCGGAAUCGAUAUAAAUAGCUUAAAGUCAGUGAAAAGUUCGCAUGCUGGGUACUGGGACAAGAAAGGUCAGUUUAAGAAUAUGACUUUGAUCAGUCGCAGACGGAUGCAAGUUUGGGUUGAUUAUGAUGGUCAAACCCAUCAAAUCGAUGUAACAAUGGCCCCUUUCAAACAUAAUAAACCAAAAAAAGCUCUUCUUUCUUCUGUCAGAGAUCUAUCUUCGGUUUUUUUGCAAGAUAUGUUCGUAGGUUUCUCGUCUGCGACCGGCUCUGUCCUGUCGGAACAUUAUGUUCUUGGGUGGAGUUUCCAGGUGAAGGGGAAUGCUCCGGCUUUGGCUUUAUCAAAACUUCCAAAACUUCCAAACUUUACGAGAGGGCCCACGAGAAUCCACCGCUUCUAUAAGAAUGGGAUGCCGUUAAUUUCACUCUUGCUAAUACCCGUUUUGAUUAUUUACUCGCUCAUCUUCCUCGUGCGGAUCAUCAUGAGGAGGAGGCAAAAGUUUGAGGAGGAGCUCGAAGAUUGGGAAACAGAAUCCGGAAAGAGCCGUAUGAAGUUCAAGGACUUGUACUAUGCCACCAAAGGGUUCAAGGAGAAGGAUCUUCUCGGAUCUGGUGGUUUUGGAAGCGUUUACAGAGAAUAUGACCAACUAGAGGUUGAAAUGAUCUUGAAGCUAGGUUUGUUAUGCUCUCACUCCAACCCACAAGCAAGACCAACUAUGAGACAAGUGUUACAUUAUCUAAGCGGAGAUGCAGUGCUACCAGAUUUGUCACCAUUAGAAUUUCGUGGGCUGGGAAUCCACCACAGAAUUGGUGAGCUAGACAUGUUUACAUGUGGAUCUUCGAUGGUUGAUUCUAUACUCUCCGGUGGGAGGUGAUUUUGAAUAUCAGAAUGCUUGUGUCUUAAAUUACAGACUGUAGAAAGUACUAUCCGCAUGAGAUAUGGGACCGUGUUGUAGCUUUACGUGAAAUAAAUGAAAUUACUCUUGCAUUCAUUGUAGAGGUGGUUGAUAGCUGGUUGAAUGGACGCUU